AUGCUCUUUGGUUUCUAUGACCCUAGUCAUCUUCCAAACAACCCUGGAUGGCCUCUUUGCAACUUUCUUGUCUUCAUUUCUGCAGAAUGGACCCUAAAAAAGAUUCAAUUUUUAUGCUAUCAUGAGAACCAUGGGUUUGCUGAUUUGGGUUUAUCCCUUGUUGGUGAAGCUUUGAUUCAACCUUCACAAGGUGGAUCAGACAAAAUUGGAUUGUUUCUUCUUGAGAUUGGAACAGAAGAGUUACCACCAAAUGAUGUUGCUACUGCUGGGCAGCAACUCAAAGAUCUUAUUGUUUUAUAA